CACUCUCACCUUCACCUCAGACACACACACACACACCCACCAGCCACCACCACGGUGACCCGCCCCGCCUCUCUGCUAACCUUAUUAGUUCUCUGUGUAAUAAUCACCAACAUUUGUGUAGUGUAUUGGUGAAUUUCUCAAACAAACUCCCUACUAAGUUGUCAUCAAAGUAAGUACCCUUGGAUACCUGGAACUAACUCCUACUAAGGUCUAAUGGGAGCAACUUAACGAGUGUUGUGAGUGUUGUGUGAUCUGCGCCACGGGGAAACAAGAAAUUCUUUUCUGAUGCCCAUUGUGAUUUUAAUAUACUACUAAUCAUAGUAAAAAGGAUUAUUAUACAUAGUGAAGGUAUUAAAUCAGAUAAUAUAUUGUACGAUUGAUCAGUAAAUCCUGUAAAGUUACUGAGAAUUUUGUUUUAAUUGACGUGUGAUAAGAAUUGUGGUGUUUGAGUUAGCACCAAUAUGUGAUUUAAAACUGCUUAGAAAUUAUAUGGACAUUAAUAUUUCAUGAGUCAAGUGUUUGAACCCAUACUGGUGACAUAUUGUGUUUGAACCCAUACUGGUGACAUAUUGUGUUUGAACCCAUACUGGUGACAUAUUGUGUUUGAACCCAUACUGGUGACAUAUUGUGUUUGAACCCUUACUGGUGACAUAUUGUGUUUGAACCCUUACUGGUGACAUAUUGUGUUUGAACCCAUACUGGUGACAUAUUGUGUUUGAACCCAUACUAUUGAGAAUGUUUGAACCAACACAAAUUAUACAGUAUUCGAACCCACACCAGUGAAUAACAGAACCCACAACAGUGAAUAACAGAACCCACACCAGUGAAUAAUAGAACCCACACCGGUGAAUAACACAACCCACACCGGUGAAUAACACAACCCACACCGGUGAAUAACACAACCCACACCGGUGAAUAACACAACCCACACCGGUGAAUAACACAACCCACACAGGUGAAUAACAGAACCCACACCAGUGAAUAACAGAACCCACACCAGUGAAUAACAGAACCCACACCGGUGAAUAACAGAACCCACAUCGUGUGACUGCAACAACAAUCAUCAAGUCACUUUCUGUCGUCAGCCCACACAGCACCGCAGGACAAGGUGUGCUGUCUAAGUUAAAAGUACACAAGUGGACAGAGUUUCUUUCACCGGCGAGAAUGAAGGACUGGACCACCUCUCUCUUGGUGUUUGUGGUGGUGUUGGCAGUGUCUGAGAGUCGCUACAGUAAUACGACUACUCCUGUUAAUUUCACUUCCUCCAGCACCACAAGCUCCACGGAACACCCUCACACACAUCUCAAUACGGCGCAGUUGAUCCAGGCUCGAGGGUAUCCAGCCGAGGUACAUCGCGUCAUCACCCCAGACGGUUACAUCCUAGAGAUGCACCGCAUACCGCAUGGCCGCACCGCCCACCAUGCCCACACCGUACGCCCAAACCACCCACCACGCCCACACCAGCCCGCACGCCCACGAGGAAGACAAGCAGGCAGGAGCACUGACGGCACGGGUAGCACCACCAGCAGCAGCACCAGCAGGAACAGCACCAGGGACAGCAAGGGUCGUCGAGUUGUGUUCAUCCUUCAUGGGUUCCUCUCCUCCAGCGCCGAUUUUGUCAUGAAUGAUCCUGACGAGGCUCUAGGGUUCAUGAUGGCUGACGCUGGCUACGACGUGUGGCUGGGGAACAACAGAGGAAACUAUUACGGUCGUCAGCACGUCACUCUCUCACCUGAGAAGCCUGAAUUCUGGGAUUACAGUUGGAACGAGAUGGCUCGCUAUGACGUGCCAACGAUGCUCAGUUACGUGCGGAAGAGUAGCGGCAUGGAACAGGUCUACUAUAUAGGGCAUUCCAUGGGUACCUCACUGUUCUUCGCCAUGAUGCACUACCACCCUCACAUCAACUCUUGGGUGCGGGCGAUGGCGGCGUUGGCACCAGCUGGCUACGUCUACCACAAGUACUCGAUGGCACAUGUUCUGGCACCAUUCUUUGACGGCGUUGAGAGAGAACUUCGUAGACGCGGGAUUAUGGAGAUCUUCCAGCUAACUAAAGACAACUCAAACAAGGCCUCCAAGAUGUGUGGACCCAAUGCCAUCACCAGCUUCAUGUGUAUCCUUAUGUAUUUCAUCAGCGGCGGACCCAAUUCUAACUAUGUAGAUAAGGAGUACCUGCCAGUAAUCUUCGCUCACACCCCGGCAGGCUCAGGUUUACAAGUCUUCACACACCUGCGACAAAUGCACGCCUCACGCAAGUUUCAGGCCUUCGACUAUGGCAGGGCCAAGAAUGUGGUGAAAUAUGGAAGCACGAAGCCUCCCUCCUUCUCCUUCAGCAACGUCAUCGCCCCCGUCGGCCUCUUCUGGUCUGAGAAUGACUGGAUCGUCGACCCUCGGGACGUGCGUAAGACGGCCAAGGAACUACCAUGGGUGGCCCUCGACUACCGGAUCCAACUGAGAGACUUCAACCAUGUGGAUUUCUGGCGGAGAACGCGUGUGACCUUCUGUACCACCCUGUCAUGAAGUUUUUCGAUGA